UCUCUCUCACACGCACGCACGCACGCACGCACGCGAGCGUCCCGACCCUCUCCAUCACCGACGUGCCAAUCUCGUCGUGCAUGCUCGGCGACGUGGCCCGCUUGACUCAGACUCUGACCAGCAGAGUCAGACAAAGCCCAAAAAAACAUAGCAGCCGAAACAUGGCCAUGAGACGCUACCUCCAAAGCGGCCGCCUCUCUGGCACUGCACCAAUUGGUAAGUUGCGGCAAGACGUCACUCUCGUCACUCACGUCACAAUUCAUGGCACUCCUCCCACUCCAUGUUGCGGCUGAGUUUGGACCCCGCCAAACCUUGCCCCGGCUUCCAAAAGGUACGUAGUACGAAUAGUACUUCGUACUACUAUACCUAGCAGCAUUGUUGGGGGCCAAUACUUCGUACCUCAGUACUAAGGUAUUAUACCUUGAGCCACCACGACGACUGCUGAGCUGCUACAACUAAAAGCACCAAUCAUGCCCUCCUACACGGGCAACUAUCGGCCUAUCCGCAUGCCCACUGCCGUCCCUGCAUCAUAAAUUCAUCUCACCUGCUACCAUUAGUAGGUAGUAUUCAUCUACUUUCUCCUGACAGGAAUGAGAUCAGUGCAUCAUUGUCGCCCUCAGAUGCUGCCCUCCCCCCCGGAUGCCCUGUGCUCCUUCCCAAUAAAUAAAUGAAUGAAUAAAACGCACUCCCUCUCGUUUAUUGACCACCCCCGACCUGCAUAUUGAUCCGUUUGCGCUUGCUCCCGUUGCCUGGCGGCCGCCAAAAAAAAAGGCAGCCAACACACGUCAUGGACUUCAAGAUGAUGGCCUUCAAGAUGCACGCCCUGCUCACCACAUCUCCUCUCCUAGGUCGCGGCCCCGACUGGCCCAUGGAACAAAUUCCAGUGGAGAUAUUCGACAUUAUUGUCUCGCACCUCCCUCGCUCCGACGUCAGGGCCCUGCGCCUUGUAUGCAAAGAAUUCGAAGCCAAGGUCUCGGCCAGCUACUUCCGCAAUGUCGUCGUGCCGUUCAAGGCCGAAAUCUACUCGUCCGGAGACAAUGCCUUUUCCGACGGCAUGCGCAUCUUUGAGUCCUUUGGUCCUCAUUUCCGCCGAUUCGCUCUGUUGCUAGAGGUAGACGAGGACGCCCUCGCCGCGCCGCCCAUCAAGCUGACGCAACGGGCCGUACCCGCCUUCUGGGGCAUCUACCGAUGGCCUCAGGAGAAUUACUGCCGUUAUCCCGACCUUGAAGGCAUCGAACUCGCCGCCGACGAGACCCAGGCCAUGGCCGCGGCGCUCAAGUGUCUCUCCAAAGUUCGCAACCUCGGACUCUGCUGCGACGCCGGCUUGGGCUUUCUUCUCGGCCCCGACGUGGUUGCGAGGCGCGCCUUUGCCGCGCAUGGCGUCUUCGGCACUGAAGACUGGCGCCGUAAGAAGGCGUUGCCGUCUCCCAUGCCAUCCCGCUGCCCCAUCGUCGCUAUCAACACCCUGGGACUCAGCACUGGCCGCAGUAUACCGACUGACGCCGCUGCCAUCCAUAAUGAGACGCUGGUCAGGAUGGUAACCGCCGCCGGCUUUUCGGGUCCCAACCAAGUCCAUCAGGCAAUUCGACUGAUGGCCGCCACUGAAGGUACAGCUGUCGAACUCAUUGAACUGGACGGCGUCCCCGCUUGCGCCCCUCCGCGGCCUAGCGAUCCUGACCUCGUCAACGACGAGCCCGUCUCCCGGCUUAUAGAGUCGAGGGCGUCUCAACGAGAGCAAUUCGUGCCCCUAAUCCCAUCUGCUCUCUCGGCUGCUCAGACAGAGAUGCUUCUCGAGUUGGACUGGGCGCACCGUGCCAUGAUCCAGUCGUACGUCAUUGCCCUCAUGGACAACGCCGCGACUGGCGUUUUCGACUACGUUACGACUUUGAGCAUCGCCAAGAUUCCGAGCAGCCACAUCAAGAUCCUGUGCCGUGGCGACCUCUGGCGGAGCCUGCCCCAAGUCAAGCACGUUUCCCUGGGGGUCAUUGCCGACUGGAGGGAGAUUGGCGUUUCAGACGACGGUCGUGUCCUAGACAAAUCUUCAAGUCCUGUCAAUGCCGUGGGCAAGGCGUUUGAGCUGCUCAACUCUUACAUUGGGAGGCAACCCACGAUUGAGAGCAUUCACUUCGAGUGGAUAUGCGGCGGCGAGUUCGGCCCAAGCGCCCACCAGCGCAAUCAGUACAUCCUACCAGCGCCCUUCUUCCGGCACCCAGAAAACAUGGUGAAAGUGGACAGCCCCAAAGCCAACGCCGACGACAUCCUUCGCCUCCCGCACGCCGUACAUCUCUCACUGAAGAACUGUUGGGUAUCCCCCCACGUGAUGCUGCAAGCUCUACGUCAAUUCGCCCUCUCGUCUUUGAAAAAGCUGGAGUUGGAGUCGGUGUCUCUUUCUGGUCCUCCCACCACCACGCCCCAAGAAGCACUUUCCUGGGACCUAGUCCAGACUGGACCCUUCGCAAACGGACACCUCGCUCAGGCUCUUGCGAUGCAGGCUGCUCCUGCCAUGGGUCCUGCCAUGCAUCUCCUCACCAUGUCUGACCCGGACUGGGUGCCUCCCCUGGUGCCCGUUCCAAAUGCGGGUCCCUUGCUCGCCGGCGAUUUUCUGCAGAAGGUGGCAUCCGGCAUCUUAUCGUGGUCUGGGCUCAUCGGAUAUUUCUCUCCUGACCCGGGGUUCUGGCAGAGACGAAGACAGGAUGCCCGUCUAUGGGACGACAACGUUGAGGCGAUGGAGGCGGCUGGUCAUCCUUUGCUGACCUACCUGCCGCUAAAUACCCUGCUUCGUCCAUCAGGUAAGCGAAACCAGCUGAGAGUUUUAUCGCUCAAAUCAUGUGGCUACGUCUCCAUCGACCAAACGCACAUCGAUACGCGUUCCGUGGUGGGCAGCAGCUGGCGCGACGGCUUGCCUAAAGUGAAAAGCAAUGAGACACCGUUCCCCGCCACCCACAUGCAGCAUUGCAAAGAUUCUUUGCUGGGGCUCAUCACUCCCCACCUUCCCCCUCAGGAUCGCGACAAUCUGCAGCACGGCUUCGGCAUGAUCUUCGGAUGGGAGGGCGUCUACGACAGACGCAUCAUACAAGACGCCAAAAAGGAUGGCAUCGAGAAGCCCGGCGCGGGGCGCUUCUCUGGCGUUGUCAAGUGCGGGCCGACUGCGCGACCCUAUUUCCAAUAAGCGGCCAUCCCAAUGUGGCUGGUCUGAGGCGCAGGGCCGAUGCCGCAAUUAUAUAUAUAUAUAUUCCCCGCAGCUAUUGAACAUAGGCUUGCUAGAGCGGUCUCUUAGGUAGCAAAAGUAAGUGCAUUCUAGCUGUAGCUAUAGUCUAAAAAUACUAUAUUAAAGAC